AUGCCUGGUGGCAAGGGAGAGAGAGAGAGGAGCCUGCAGAAUGAGCCGGAGGCUCUGUCCGCACAGCUCUGCCAACAGGAGCAGGUCAACAUAGCUAAUGUUCAAAAACGACUAACUGCUCCGCAGGAUUUAUCAUGGACAGGUUUGACAUUGUGUACAAUUGCCGAAGAAAGUGAUCUUAAUUGCAUGGAUUAGGAGCCAUUUAAUUUUGUAUAUCUUUCUAAGGGUCUACCUUCAAUUGGUAGAAAGUAGAAUCUCAAUGCAAAAAACUAUACAUUCCGAUGCAAGGGAAGCUAUACAAAAUGCCUUGACACAUUCCUGUCAAAUCUUAAUUCUGUUAAACUACUCUCAAGUAUGGGCUCGCUAGCCACAUUUAUCUAUAGGUGUUUCUGGAAAAGACUCUUGUAACAUCUCCAGAGUCUCUCUAGUGGAUGACGUGAAUACUAAUGGUGUAAUACAGGGAAAUGUCAUGAACAUUCCUCCCAUCUUUACCAUAGCAUGUGUUGAAUACAUAUCUUUUGCCUUCUUGUGUUUCUGUCUGGGUGGUUUAUGUGGCCCUCACCAAGGAUCUGUUUGCGUUCUUGCAGCAACGGGUGCAUCUUGUGGUGGAGGAGAGCUCCAGAGACGCUGCGCUGCUGGGCCUACAGCUGGAACAGGUCAACUCAGAGCUACUGCAUCUGCAGAGCUCGGAGGUGCAGCUGGAAGGCCUGGUGGAGGAGCUGUACACUGAGGCCCUGCAGAGAGCUGCACUGACGGAUGGGCUUCAUGCGCAGCGGAACAGGUAGGCCUACACUGCCCUGCACUGUGGGAAAUGGCAAGUAAAUGGAUGUGUGUGUGUGCCCAAAGACCCCCUGAAUGUUUAACACAUAAGACAUACUUUUUUAAAUGGCAGCAGUAUUUAGCCAGCUGUUCAAAUGGACAUAAUGUAGAAGUAAAGCCAGUCUAAGCAAAGAAACAUAAAAAUGUAUGAAACGCCUAACUUUUGAUUACCAUCUCCUACAAACACAAAGUGAAACCGUCCCCCACUGUUUUAAAAACAUGUCGAACAGAUCUCCAACUAGUCAUAUUGUCACCCGUCAAAUAAAAACAUUGAGUUUGAAUUUGUGAUUUUAAGUCAGCGAAAACACACACGCCCUUAAGCAUGCUGUGUCAUAGUUCGCUGACUUCGAAUCCCCAGUUUGGAAAGUUGGCUGACGGUCAGAAUACGUUAUCACAUCGUGAUUCCAGCGGUACUUUUGCACUAUGGGGAUGAUAGAGAGAGGGGAGUUUGACAUGAGCUCAGCUCAAAACCCUUCCUUGAGCUGAAAUUAAUUGUUUGCCUGUGAAAGAUAAACUGGGGAAUCAUAGUCUUUCUAAGAAGUAUGUUUUCAUGAUUGAUAGUACAAGAAAAUGACGUCACCAGGGGGUAACAUGUUGGUUAGAUAUAUUGGCUGUUCAUGCAACAUUCAGGAAGGAUGCUGCAUAAUGGAUAUUUUAACACCACAAAUUAGAAACAUCUCUAAAUGCAUGUUGCACCUUAAUAUGUUAACUUUUAACACUUUCAUAUAUUUUUGUCCGACAGUAAGAUAUGGGAGCUGGAAGCGCUUCAGUGCCACUACGGCGCCAGCACCCAGGAGCUGGAGGAGCUGCGCAGCGCCCAUCAGAGGAAAUGGCAGGAACUGCAGCGCGAGAAUGAGAAAUUGUGCAGCGCCUACCAGAGGAAGGUGCAGGAACUGCAGCGGGAAAACGAGGGCAGCCUGAGGAAGCUCCAGGAGACGGCUGAGCAGUUUGAGUGGCUGUGUGAACAGCAGCGCUACUGGAUGUGCUGCGUCAAGAGGUAGGUAUGCUCUACCCAUCACUCUGUUGUCAUUGGUUAUGUAGCACAGACAGAGGAACGGACACAGUAAAUCCAUAACCCCAGAUUUGAUAUCUGAAUAAAACCUCCAGACUGCCUGUCAGAGGAGAAGGUGGCUCUGUUGCAGCUGGUGAACUGGUUGGAGAAGGAGGUAGAGGAGCUGAGGUGGAGCAAACAGGGCUCAGAGAGCCCCACCCAGAUCCUGUGCUGCCCCCGAGAGGACACGGACAGCCAGCACUGUGACAGGUAACAGCAAUUUGUCCUCAAUGAGCCUGGGUCUCCUAUAACAACUUAUCUUUGAUCAGUUUUUCUUCCUCAGUCAUACCAUUAACAGUCAGUUCAGUUAUGUGUGACACAGCAAAACAGGGCCCAUAACAGUUAUCUUAGACAUAGCUAAUGUAAUUGGGAACAGCGGUUAUAGACACAGGACUUUCUCAGUCACACAUGUCCAUGUGAACUUGUUUCCUUCCCUUUCCAAUUCUGCAGAAUUCCCUCAUGGAAAUCAGACGAGAUGGCUGACCUGCAAACCCAGGUCGACAAAUGGAGAGGGCUGUAUGAGGACUUCUUCAGCCAGUUCCCACCCCACCAA